AUGCCCUGUUGUAAGCGUACCGAGGUCCGCAGGGUGUGCCGGCCGAUGCCGUCGCUCCUUGCCAGGCUCAACUGUACGCCGUGCAACCGCGUCCUGUUCUUCGUCAUCGGGGUGGGACUGGGCGUGCUCUUCGUGCGCAACAAGGACGACAAGUCGGGCGGCAAAAAGAAGGACGAAGGCAAGGCCAAGAAGUAGGACUGACCGAUCUGCCAUGCCCGGCGGUAUUAGCAAUCAUCCAAGCCUGGCACUAGCCAAGUGAACCUGGACUCAUCACCCAUGAAGUAACCCAUCCGCUUGCAGCGUUAGCCAGGGAAGACAAAAUGCCAUUCGAUAAGUUUGUCCGCCGAUGAAUGGAAUGGAGAGGAAAUUUCUCAGUCGAUAAAUUUAUCUAAGGAGCAAUUUGUCAAUCGAACAAUUAACUGCUACAUUUAAAACAGGUUUAUUCGAUUGAUCUAUUCUCUAUUAUUCUAUAUUCCUCUGUUCAAAAUGCUAUAAAAUUGGUGCUGUAAAAGA